CCGGUUGGGAGGAUUAUCGUGCUUCUUUUGUGAAAGUCUCAAACACCGAAGCUUUCCUCUGGUUUUCUAAUAAUUCUGUGGUUGUUUAUGCUUCAUUAAAAUGAUUUAUUUUAGCUAGAAUAAUUAAUUUACUAAGGUGGGCUAGAGGAGUAACGCGCCAAAGGAAUCGUGGAGUGUGGUGUCGCGGUGUUAUUAGUUUUACCGUUAGGUCCCUGAAGUUAGCAGGACACCUUCAAAAUCUGCUCGUGGAAUACGAAUGAUUCUCAGUCUUAUCCAAUUACACCUAUCCAAAUUAAUCCAACUACCAGUAAACGUUGGAUUUAUCCGUGACGGGAAAGCUGACUAACGUAACGAAGCGGUUACCAAUGGAGACAGGUGACGCCUAACGUGAUUUAGCGAGCGUUAGCUUGCUAGCUGUCCUCCAAUCUCAACACUGCCAGCUUAUAUUCGACAUGUCUGCUAAUCUGAAGGCUAAAUCAUCUGCAAUGGAACCACCAGUUCGGUCAAAAAGAAGUCAAAGCGGACUGUCAAAUCAAUCACUUGCCUCUGAUAACUUGUUCAGUUUGUUGGCUGAGGAGUUGAAGAAGGACGGUUUAGACUUUGAGGAAUCCGAUGUGUCGUCGGCUGAUCCCAGUGACAUGGUGAAGAACAUGGAGAACAUAGAUGAUAUGGAGGAUGAUCUCUUCGCAUCAAAGAAAAAGCCCGGCGCUGCUUCGGCACAAGCAAAGUCACUUCAUAAUGGAGGGCCAAAGAAAGAUUCCACCCUGUUAAAAAGUAAUGCCAAUCCAGGAGGAGCAGAUGAACCCACCGGAGGAGGGAAGAGGCCAAACUCUGCAGCUUCGUCUGCUGCACGCUCCUACAAAAAGUUUACCUUCUCUGAUAUCGAUGAUGGUCUCGCUGAGGCGUCGGACAUCAAAGACGACCCCCUGGCUGAUCUCCUUGAUGACUUGCUUCCAGAUGAAACCAAACCUAAAUCACGACAGUCCCAACCUGAAAAAUCUGUGCCGUCGGCCUCAGCCUCUCCCAUCAUGAAGAAUGAAACAACGAAGGCAGCCAAUAAGGGUGUUUUUACUUUUAACGAUGAGGACGACGACAUCAUGGAUCAGCUCGGAUUUGACAGCAGUAGAAACAAUGCCAAGAAAAAAGAGGCUCCGCUUUGGUCUUCAAAGGAGAGGAGCGAUGCUCCUCAGAGGCCGCGAACCAAAAUUGAUGACAUUUUGGAGGGUUUUACCUCACCGCGCUCUCCGGAGCGACCGCUCUCGGGCGGCCAGAAGGAACAGGUCCAGACCCAAGAAAAGCAAGAGAAGACCCCCAAUGUAAAAGAGGAUGACCUUACUUUCGGGUCCUAUCAGCCUACGCUGGGGUCAGCUCCUGAGGGCCGGCAGUCCCGCAGACAGUCUGUCAGAUUUUCUACAGAGGACGUCAGCGCCUCUACCCCAGAGCGGAAACCAAAACCAGCCACGCACGCUCCCAUCCAGCACCGCAACUCAGCCGACUGGCUCGGCCUCAAAACAAACAACGAGCCCAGCUAUCUGGGAGGGGAUUCCAAAGAGACCCGGAUUCCAGUGGACUCUCCAAAGGCCCCCUCUUCUCCUCUGUUGGACAGAAAGCCCUCCUCCGCACCGGUCGUAAAAACGACAGCAUCCGCUCAAGCUGAAGGCAAACCCACCAGAGCAGAAGCCUCCAAAGGUCAAAGGGCAGAGGAGGAGAGCGACUGGUUCUCUAAGGUUUUGAGCAGGAAGAAAGCUCCGUCAGAGACCAGAACAUCCAUGCAGGGGGACGCUGAAGCCCAGGGAGAAAAAGUCGAAGGCGGGUCCAUUGUUAGCAACCAAGACAAAUGGAACAUUUCCAGAGGCAAAGAAGACACACUUCUAUCCAUUGACAGAACUGGCCCCGCAGCUCAUUCCACUCCGGUCCGAGAGGAGAUUCCCAAGCCAGCUCAGCCUUCCCUUCCCCCUGCUUUAGCCUCCCCCCCGCCGCCCGCUCCCCAAUGUGAGGUCAACUAUGAACUACCCCUUAGUUUGGCUCAUCCCCCAGACUACCCCGCUCAGGUUACUAGUCCCUUUCUAUCACUUUCAGCUGGCAUUAGUCACCUCCAGCCCCAAUCCAAACCCCUCCACUUUCCAUCCAGUAGCGGGUCGGGGGGGCUGACAGAGCCCAGUCAGGCUUCUGAUGAGACCGUACCGCCACCACCAUUUUCUGGCCCUUUGCCCGCCGCUCAGCACGGCUCAUUGUGGCGUAGUUCCACAGCAAAGCAGAACACAGAACACAUCAGCUGCGGUCCAACAACAGGUAUUUUCUACUCACUACUCCAAGACCAUCACAUAACCCUCAGAAAUUAUAAUACGGCCUUCUCAAAGCCCCCCGCUUCUUCUGAACAGGUGGCGUGUGCAGCAGACAUUCCGCAGCAGCUGCUGCUACAACAGCAGAUGAUGCAGACUCGGUUGCUGGCUUCGGCUGAAGCUGGGGCUCUGCCAGGACAGCCAGGAGAUUACCGAGCUUUACAAGCCCGCAUCAUCCAGUUGGAAGGCCAGGUGAAGAUGCUGCAGCUGGAGCGGGACCAAAGCCAGAUGAUGCUGGACAGUAUCCAGCAGAGGCAUAAAGUGGAUAUGGAGCUGGUGGAGAACGCACACAAAGCCCGUGUGAAACUGCUGGAGGAGUCGGCUGCCCAGAGGGAGACCAGGGCGCGGCUGGAGUGUGAAGACCUAAUGGAGCGGCUGGCCGCGCUGACGCGCUCGGCCGAGGAGGAGCGCUCGGCGCUGCAGGCCCAGUACCACCGAAAGCUGGCCCAAGCCCAGGAGGACAGGGACCGCGAGGUGGAGAGGCUGCGGGAUCUGCAGAGAAAGUCGAUCCUAGAGAUGAAGAAAGACCACGAAGACCAGGUCCAGAGGCUGAAGCGGUUAAAGGACGAGGAGAUCGACGCGGUGACCAGCGCAACGUCUCAGACCAGGUCCCUCGCAGGCGUGAUCGAGCAGAUGGAGCAGUUCUCCUCUCGGCUGGGAGAGCUCUCCUCUCGUGUGGAGAGCACGCACGAGCACUCGGCCCACGGCCUGGAGCAGGGCGCCCGCCACCGAGACGAGCAGCUCCGAGUACUGCAGGACCGUCUGGCCCAGCAGCAGAAAGCCACGGCCGAGGAGAGAACUCACCUCAAGGACAUUAUUUCCAGGAUGGACGCUCAGCUGAGCGAGCAGCAGAGGCAGCUGGAGAAGGAGCGCUGGAAGGUGACAGCGGAGCAGGCCAAAGCAGAAUCCGUCCAAAGAAGCCUGGAGGAGGAGCGCCGCGUCCUCACCAUGCAGAUAAGCAUGGAGCGAGAGGAGCUGGAGAGGGCUAAGAGCGCGUUGCUGGAGGAGCAGAAAUCUGUGAUGCAGCAUUGUGCCGACGAGAGGAGGAAACUGGCCUCCGAGUGGGCCCACUUCCACACCCAGGAGAAACAGAGGCAUGAGAGGGCUGAGCAGGAGGUCAGCAGCCUCAUAGAGAGGAGAGAGGGCUCCAUCAUCACUCUGGCACAGCAACAAGCAGACCUGAAGCUUCGCCAUGCCGAGCUGAAACAGAAGGAGAUGGCCGUGGCACAGGACAGAGAAGCUCUGCAGAGGCUUAGAGAAGAGCUGGACGGAGAGAAGGAGAGAAUAAGCAGCACAGCUCUGAGACUCAAAACGCGCGCCCAGGAGGUCGAGGCCUUCAGCAAGCUGGCCUCAGAGAAGUAUGAGGAGGGGGAACGAGCGCUGCAGGAGGCAAAGCGCGUGGAGGCAGAGCACCACGCCCGACUGAGAAGUAUUCAUUCUCAAACGGAGCAGCUGAGGCUGCAGGAACAGCGCAACCUAAAGGAGCGCAUGCAGCUAAACCAUCUGCAGAACACAGAGAGGAUGAGGCUGAACUUAAUGUCACCAAUGCCACAAAUUAUUCCACCCAUUUCACCAGAUGCUGCGUUACCAAUCACUGAGCUGACGCCAGGAAUGUACAACCCUCCAGUGACCAACCCACAGCCCAUGGCCCUGGAGGCCAGUCUGGCUCUGUGGAGGUACACCGCAGAGAAGGACCGAGAAUUUCUCCAAGAGGAGCAGAUUUUUCUGGAAAACUUGAAAAAGAAGUCUUACAAGUUCACAGAUUGAAACACCUGCUGGACCUUUCUGGUUUUUCGUUAAAUUUCAUUGAUCAAAUGCACAAUACUUGAACGUUUUUUUAUACACUUUUAUUAAACAGUUAAUUUUUUAUCAAACAAAUGUUUUGAGUGUCUUCUGGUAUGAGAAUCCAAACCACUUCUCCACCAACUCCAUCCGUUCCCUCAACUUCAGAACUCUUCAUCCACUGGUCUUGCAUUGCCUCCGACACAGCUGGAUGAAUCAGCUUCCUCCUUUGGUUGGAUUCAUUCGAUGGACCUUAAAACCAUGUCAUGGUCAGCUUGAUUCCACCUUGUUCAAAUGGCAACCUGAAAGUUGAUUUCGUUCGACUUAGACCCACAGAGACAUAAGCUCGUGCCAGCAGAGGCCACGUGUCUGUUUCUGCAGGGAGGCUCAGCUGCGAAAGCCAUUGUAUUCAAGCAGAAGUACUUUUCUUUUUUUAGGGAGAACAUAACUAGGAAGUCAUUCACUCGUGCACACAAGCCGGCACUCUCGGAAGAAAUCCGGCGAAGCUCG